UGACGAUUAUACCAUCUCUCCAUGCACAGAUGAAAAUGAAACGCAGGCAGGUGCUCUUCAAUGCCUAGCUAUUAUCACGCUGCUGGGCUUUUUAUGCUGGCUACAACAUUUCCUAUCAAUUAAGAAUCUGCCAAGGAAUAAUACAAAAUGGAUAAUGAAAAUGAAAUAUUAAAAAGCGAAGAAAAUGAACUAUGGGAGAACAUUGAAACCAACAGGAACAUGCUUAGUCGCUACAUUAAUCCUGCAAAGUUAACCCCUUAUUUACGGCAAUGUAAGGUAAUAGAUGAGCAAGAUGAGGAAGAAGUUCUCAACUCUAUGCUGUUGGUAUCAAGGACCACCCGCUCAGGGAGGCUCCUGGAUAUUCUUCAUACAAAAGGACAACGAGGUUAUGUUGUCUUUUUAGAAAGUCUUGAAUUUUACUACCCUGAGCUCUACAAGUUAGUAACAGGAAAAGAACCAACCAGAAGAUUCUCCACAAUAGUUGUGGAAGAAGGCCAUGAAGCUCUCACACAGUUCCUUAUGAAUGAAGUCAUAAAACUGCAGCAACAGUUAAAGACCAAAGAAGUGCAGAAGUGUGAACUUGUGGCUAACUCAAGACUUCUGGAGGAUGAGAGAAAACAGCUAAAGCUGGUGAACCUAGAGCUGAUGACAUUUCAGGAACGUUACAACAAAAUGAAGGAGGAGCGAAACAACUGCAAUGAUGAGUUAAUCAAAGUAAAGGAUGAUAAUUAUAACUUGGCAAUGAGAUAUGCUCAACUUAGUGAGGAGAAGAACAUGGCUGUCAUGAGAAGUCGUGACUUACAACUGGAGAUUGACCGCCUGAAACAUCAUCUGAAUAAAGUAGAGGAAGAGUGCAAACUGGAAAGAAACCAAUCUCUUAAAUUGAAAAAUGAUAUUGAGAAUCGUCCUAAGAGAGAACAAAUGAUGGAACUUGAGCGCGAAAAUGAAAUGCUAAAGACAAAAAUACAAGAGUUUCAGUCAUUACUUCAGGAUGGAGGCCAUAGUUUACCUGAUUCAGACAAAGCCAUAGUUGAUAUUCUUGAACAUGAUCGUAAAGAGGCACUUGAAGAUCGCCAUGAACUGGUAAACAGAAUAUUUAAUCUUCAGGAAGAAAUACGCCAAGCUGAAGAUCUGAGGGACAAGUACUUGGAAGAAAAAGAAGAUUUGGAGUUAAAAUGUUCUACACUAGCAAAGGACUGUGAGAUGUACAAACACCGCAUGAACACUGUUAUGGUACAAUUAGAGGAAGUAGAGAAGGAACGGGAUCAGGCAUAUCGUGCCCGUGAUGACGCCCAGACACAGUGCUCCCAAUGCCUAAUUGACAAAGACAAGUACAGAAAGCAGAUCCGAGAGCUAGAAGAGAAGAAUGAUGAACUCAGGAUUGAGAUGGUCAGAAAAGAGGCAAAAAUUGUGAAUCUGGAAUGUAAACUGAGAAGAGUACUAAAGGAGGGUGUUGUUUUGGAUCAGAGUUUGCCAAGAAAUCUACACAUCAUCAUGCCCCCGAGCUCAAAGACAAAUGGUCAGGAUGCUGACCAGGACUCGUCAGAUUCCAUGGGAUCUCCAGAUGAUAAAUACUUCUUCAAUGACGAAUUAAAGAAAAAGAGAAGAAUGAAUAUAAAGGGAAUUCCACAAAUCUUGAGAGCAAAGUCUCCAAAUUCCAAUAAGCAGAAUGAAUUUCAAGUUGCUGAGGAUCCUGAAAACCGGACAGACUACAAGAACGGGCAGACGGAUACAGCAUUCCGUAGAUCUGGGUCAUACAACAACAUGCCCAUCAGUACUUCUGAUAUUCCCAAGCACCCACUAAAAAACCGAAGUUAUAGUAUUAUGUCUACAACACCAGAACCCCCUGGAAAUGACUCCAUAGUAAGAAGAAGCAAAGAAGAUGUACCUGCUUACAGCCCUGCUGACGGAGAUGAUGACAGCUUAGAACCAGAUGAUGAAUUUCAUGAUCACUUCUCCUGUGGACCACCAUCUAUUCAUUCAUCAUCUUCUUCGCACCAGUCAGAAAGUCUCGACAUCUAUGACCUUGACCAAGUUAAUUCUAUUUUUAGAAAGUUUUCCCUGGAAAGACCCUUCCGACCAUCUGUAACUUCAACAGGACGAAUCAGGACCAUCAAUCACCCAGUCAAUCACACAACAUUGGAUGGAGAUAAUCUCAUGGGGGAAAUAACACUAAUUGGUGGUAAUGAAAGGGGCAUUUUUAUCAGCUCGGUGAAGCCAGGAUCCAGAGCAGAAAAGGCUUGUCUAAAGGAGGGACAGCAGCUUAUAAUGCUAGAUGGAUGUAUUAAAGGAAGAAAACAAUCAGUUCCUAUGGAUGCAUGUACUAAAGAAGAAGCUCAUUGGACUAUACAAAGAUGUAAAGGACCAAUUACUGUGCACUAUAAAACAAAUGAUGAAGGUUACAAUAAACUGCUGAAAGAUCUUGACGAAGGGAAAAUUCGGUCUGGAGAUUCUUUUUACAUGCGUUUAAAUCUAAACAUUUCUAACCACUUGGACAGUUGUACAAUGACUGUACAAUGUGAUGAAAUUGUCCAUGUUCUUGAUACCAUGCACCAGGGAAGAUAUGAGUGGCUGUGUGCCAAAAUGGAUCCAUUUACAGACAGAAACCUGGAAUUUGGAACAAUUCCUAGCUACAGCAGGGCCCAGCAGUUAUUUCUGGUUAGGCUUCAAAGAGUAAUACAAAGAAGUAAGGAAGAAAGUGAAGGUUCCAGCAACACAUUGCGAGCUAUGAAGAAUGCCCUUCAACCUGAAGAAUAUGCACAGAGUGAUCCUAAGAGCAGUCCUCGGCUUUCAAGAGCAAGCUUUCUUUUUGGACAAAUUUUUCAGUUUGUCAAAGGAUACGAGAAUAAAUACAAAAGGAUGAACAGCAAUGAACGAGUGCGCGUGGUGUCAACUAUUUCAACCUCCAUUGAAAGUGUAAAACAGUUAUUAGAAAAGCAAGAUGACUUGGAACAAGAUAAUGACAUUAAAAACAGCCUGAACCUGGUACCUUACAGUUUGGUUCAUCCAAUCCAUGUAGAGAGGAGGAGACCUGUCCUAUUUGCUCCUAGCAUGCUGGCCAAAACCAUUAUUCAAAAACUGCUUAACUCUUCCGGUGCUCUAGAGUUCAAUAUUUGUAAGCCAGAAAGUGGAGCAAAGGAAGUGUUUCAGAAGAAACAGAAAACAGAAGUAAUUAUCGAUUCAAGAGAAAAGAACCUGAACUCAUAUGAGUGGAUUACUCCAUCUAAUAUUGAGUCUGUUAUUUCUAAGAAUUCACACUGUUUGCUUGAUGUUGGAUUGCAAUGUACAAAAAACUUAAUCAAAGCAAAUAUCUUCCCCAUCAUCCUUUUCCUCAAAAUGCCUGAGAAGAACAUGAAAAAGUUCAGAAGGCUGUUGUCAAAGCAGGAGAAUGAAGAGGAGUUUUUACGUAUUUGUCGCCAGAAAGAGAAGGAGUUAGAGGCCCUUCCUUGUCUCUAUGCAACAAUAGAGUCAGAUGCCUGGAACACCAUCGAUGACCUGAUUCGUGUUAUCAAGGAAAGAAUUGCUGAGGAACAAAGGAAGACCAUUUGGAUAGAUGAACUUUUUUAAUGAAGCAUUGUCUAACAUAAUUUGCUAAUGGUGUAAAUCCAUAAGUCGACCUCUUUACAUGAUGGUUUUUAACUGUCUAUAGUGCCUGACCUGGGUAGAAGAUGCUGGAUUACCAGAGGUGACAACCACUAAUACCAGCUACAAUAGUGUCACUGAAUAGCA